AUGUCUCUCUUAGCUCUGGGUCGCAAUGGGCGAUCCCAGGCGGGAGCAGAGGCCAGUGGCCUCGAUUCUCUGAUGGGCUGGGCCUACACUACGAUCGAGUUCACGUUAUUCCUCUGGUCGAUCGCCGUGGGCCUCGCUUAUGACGGUAUUGCAGCCCUUCUCACUAGCCGGGUCUACCGUGCCGGGGCUGGGGCAGUCCUCCUCUACCUGCUGGGUACCACCCUGAUUGAGCUGGUGACAAGCGGUGACGGGGGACCUGAGCUCCUCUUCUUCCUCAGGAUGGCCGUCUUCGUCUACUGUGUCGGCUAUCAGGUUCGCGCACUCUGUGACUACACCCCUGUCCGCGUCCUCCUCCUCCUCAGUGGAGGGUACCCCUUGUUCCGCCACGGGGCGGCGGCGAUUGCCGAGCCGUUCCGGGACUACGCGGCGAUGGGCCCUUAUGCAGGUGUGCUCCUCACCUUCUCCGCCAUCUACCUCGCCACGCGCUCCAUGGGGCGGCACGUUGGCUACUUCAUGGACACGUACAUCAAGACGUACGUGCUUGAGACCCAGAUCGAUUCCCUGCUCCGCCGAGUCCGUGGAGGCGGUGCUCAUGCUGACGAGCCUUCAGAAGAGUCGGUCACCCUCCUCCACGCCUAUCUCCGAGCCCGCGGUGGCCUGCUUUGCACGCUUUCCGUCGCCGUUUACCAGUACGGCCUUGUCAUGAUCCCGCUACUAGUCCUCGGGGGGCUCGGGGGAGUCGGCGCUGUUUGCCCUUCGUGUGGCAGCUCGAUCGCAUCCUGCACCUACGACACAGAUCAACGGUGCCCGACCAUCACCAUUGUCGCGACCAACGCGUCGGCGAUGGCAGGCGUCGGAGUCGUGAGUACCGUCACUCUUGCCACCCUCAUCCGGCCGCGCUACCUGCGCAUCUUUGGGACGAACGCCCUUCAGGCCCUUGUGGCGAUGCGCCGCCGCCCAGCCGCGGGCACGCCCUUCUCCAUCACUGCCGAUACCUCCAAGGGCGAUAUCGUCCAGGCCAUCUCCGCCGGACGCAUCUGCCAGAUGGAGGCAGUCGAGCAGCUGGCCCAGCAGCUUUCUGGCGUCGAGGCCGAGGAAGAGGGGGAAGAGAAAACCCGAAAGCUUGCGAACAUUACCCGCAGCCUGGACCUCCUGAGGACGCUCAAGGAGACUGCAAUCCCUGACGCCGGGGGGCGCGUUGCACUUGCCAGUGCUGCCCUGGCCUUCUGUCUGCCCGCCCAAUGGGUGGCAGUUGCCUCUGCUGCUGUGGCAUGCCUCACGGCUGCGACUGGCCGGCGCCUCGGCGCGUCAGCUCGGCUCGGCGUAGCGAUAGCCGAUAGUGGCCAGCGCAACUCGCUUGGACUCAACGCUCAGGCCAGGAGCUCCCGCACGCGCUGGCGCGAGUCAUGGCGCAUGCAACGCGCAGCAAUGCUCGCCUCGCCUCGCGCAAAUGCGACCAGCCUCUACAACAAACUCUACAGCAAAAUCGCGCUCUACAUCGCUCUACAGGCGACUCACAUCGUCACGCGCCGGAUGUCGGCACUCUGCUCCUCUGACGUCGGCGUGCUGAUUGACCGGCUCGACACGGAGGGAGGCCUUGGCGGGCUGUACAAGCAUCUCGCGCACACCAAGGAGGGCCCUCUACAUCUCGUUCCGAGCAUCACCCACUGCGCCGUCUGCGCGCUCAUCGUUGCAAUCGCAACACGAAAUAGCCCACAAAAGUCUAAGGACGCGCGAACUGCUCCCGGGCCGUCCGCGAACCAGUAA